CAUGCGGGCACUAAUUACAGGAAUUAGUGCAACCUUGCGAUCGGACGCAUCACUGAAGAUCGGAAAUCUGUCGCCCUGUAGGCUGUAGCUGAGCGUGUGAACGAAACACCGCGGACCGCGAUAUCUGCGAUGUGGUGAGAUAUGCGAGCCCUCGCUGUCUCUCUGUUAUUUGACGAUCUGACUACAGCAUUAUUGGCAGUUUCACCAGUUUGGCACACUACCCUACGGCUUGCGCAUCCCGAAACUCCGUAACUCGGCGCCCGCUUGCCCGUGUGGUUCGAUAUAUUGAGCCAGGACACCAAACACAAGACUCGGCUUAUUCAAACGUUCGCUCAACGGCGAUUCGAAUACACUCGGCAACAGAACUAUCGGCCAGUGCGCUGAACACUGUUUCGGGCCGUUAUGAGUUAAGGACUGAAUGACCCAAUGUGUCCAGCGUAGCGCUGGAUCACCAAAUCCAAUCUCCACCGUCCGACGUAGCAAAGUGGAGAUGACGCACCGGCUUCGAACGGACCCUAUCGAUGUCGAACGACCGGAACUGCAUCCUCGACGACCUCCUGAUUAUCGGCCUGUUUUGCUAUGGCAUAAGACGCCAGGAAUGCAACUGUCGCAGCAGAGCAUCCUUGCGGAUCCGUCUGGCACAUCUUCGACUUCCGCAAGCCAUAUAUCCGUGCCAACCAAACCCUCUAUCCACAAGAACAUCUCCAGCAAAAGCAGCAAUGCGGAACGAUGGUUUGAGUUGUCGAACAACAACGUUCAAAGAUGGAAUUCCUUGAUGGACAACGAGCCGCCGUUCUUCCUCCGAAAUCCUUCGUCUUCUAAAGCGACUCCUUCCGAGGGCUGUCCCCCUUUCUUUCAGCCUCUCAACGCCCUUCCCUGCCACCCGGAACCUCCGCCGCAACAAGAGAGUUCGUCAGAGGAUUUCCGGAGCAUCAUUGAUGAUCUGACGAUCAAGAAUAAGCGGCUUCGGCGGAGGUUGAGGAAGUACGAGAAGGUUCAUGAUGGCCAUUUGAACGAUCAGAAACUCUUCGAGAUUCGGGUUCAUGGUCUGAAUCGGGAGCGGAAAACCGAAUUGGAGGGUAUCCUUCGGCAGUUUGCGACAACUGCUGACCAUCAGAGGCCGAUGGAUGCGGUAACUGGCACUGGAGCUACAAGUAAUGGGAUAGGCACUGUGGAACCCAAGCGGAGUUUAUUCAUCAAAAAUCCCUCUAGAAAUUCCGAUUCGGCAUACGCAUCGAUGUUCAUGUCAGGCCAGAACCCAUCAAUCCAGAACCUUUCCAAGCAGAUCUCCACACACUCUUCGUCGAUGAACAGUAAUCAAAGUACAUCUUGGAGAGCCCUAUCCUCCCGUCAGCAGCAAGACAUCCAAUCCUACCCUAAGGAUAUACCUACAGGGUUACGUCCACAACCAUCCGCGACUCUGUCAGAAAAGGCUCGAAGGAAGCUUGUUGUUCGUCGACUGGAACAGAUCUUCGCCGGUAAAGGUCCCGUGGGCGCGCACGAGCAUCCCGAGCAGCAGGAAGAGAUUGCACAAUCCGCUGCGCGGGCGGAUAAAAAGUUGAUUGAAGACAUGGGUCGGCGGGAUAAGGAUGAGGAUAUGCGUGAAGCGCGCAUCAUGCCAAAGGAUUCACUGGAUAUAGCCAAGGCAGAUCAACCAGGGAAGUUGGAAGAUGGAUCUACGAGUGACGUGGAGAUGACCAGCGACAACGGCCCCGAUCAGCGACCGACACGUCCGCUGGAUCUUGAUCCACAUCGUGCGCAGGACCCGCGAGAGAACAUCGAGUAUAUCCGACAUCUGGGAUUCUUGCCGGCAGGCUCCGAUUCGAGCGAACCGCGAACAGAUGACCACGGGUGGGUUUACCUGAACAUCUUAACCAACAUGGCGCAGCUGCACACGAUCAGUGUGACCACCGACUUUGUGAAGAACGCGAUAUCGGAAUACAGCCAGAAGUUGGAGUUGUCGCACGAUGGAUGCAAAGCGCGCUGGAGAGGUGGCCGCGACGUCACUCGCACCAGCAGCGAUGCGUCGCUGGAAGAGAAGGACGAGCUCGGGGGCGAAGAUGAUAAUGCAGGGCCCCCUCGAAAGCGGGCGAAGGUUAGCGUUGGUACAAGUGGUCAAUCCUGCCGUGGCUCGAACGGAAUGCAAUCUACCCCCGACUCGAAGUCGAAUUAUAAAUACGCCUAUCAACCACUCUUCUUCCGGAGGGAAAGCUCGGAAGACGAUGAGGAGGACUCAGACGAGUUCUCACCCUGGUCCUCGCCUCAACAUGGUCAAGCAACUGGAAACUCUUCCGGCCUUACCAGCUCUGGCGUCGAUAACGCCAACCGCCGACGACAUCGAGAAGACGGUCCGAUCAUAUUCUACAAUAAAGCGCCGUUCUUCACCGACUUGAGCGGCGACCACACUCCUCUCUCCCACCAAAUCCUGUCGCAGCCCCAAGCAGAUGACCUCCAAGCUCGAAAGCCCAUCGGCCUCAAGCGCGAACGCAUAUUCUCUUACGACUCCCGCGGCGACACCGACCUGUCCGAUCGUCCCUUGAACUACGUCCCAACAUCUGAAAUCGGCGGGAAUUCAGACAAACCCCCUCUGGAACCCUCGUCCGAUGACCUCAGAUUCUCCCCAGGAUUUCUCCAAAGCUACCUAUCGUCCAACGACGAGCGACCCCGCGGCGUCGACUUCGAAGCCUCCGGGAUCGGUGGCGUCCAGCCGAGCGACCACUUUGCCAUCGAUGUCCGCAGCAUACAGACCGUUCACGGACCCCGGGAGCAGAACCACCACUCCCAUCGCCAUCACUCGCGGCUCUACCAAUCGAAGAUCGCCGAUGCGUUAUCGCAACGGCCAAGCCACGAGCGCAAAGGAUUAUGCGAACCCCACCAAGGAAGGCCCUCUCCCGCCGCCAAUCCUAACCAGAUCAUCUCCUCCCGCCUCCGCAACCUCCCCGUUUCCAUCCUCCCCCCACCCACGUUUCUAUCACUCCCAUCCACCGACUCCGACGUCUCCGACUCCGACGAAGGCCGAGACACCUCGAGCGUCUCCGCCAAGCACGGCCUGGAUCUGUGGCCCGCGCUGAUAGAUUCCCACGAGGUGGAGAUAGAGGAUUCCGGCGGGUAUUUCUCGGAAGAUGAGGGCGGAUCCAGCGACCUGUUGGCAGACGUGGAUCUGCGAGCUGCAGGUUAUGCAGGAGGUAGCGGCGGCGGGGAAUUGAAAUGAGAAGGAAGACGGAGGUUGGGAGAUUAAGAAAUGAUUCACGGUCAUGGACAUGAUGUUUUAGGACAUUGACGGCGCCUUUUUGGUUUGGCGAUUCGAGUUCGAUUGUCGCGUCGAGCAUGGAAAUGGUUACCAUUUAUGGUAGCGCAUUUUACAUGAGCGAAAGGUAACUCUUACCUAUUUUUGACAGCCUUACAUAACAUCGAGGAAAUUGAGAAACCUUCGACGAGCAGAAUUCAGA